CCUCGCGGGACGGACGCAAUAUUGUACAAGCAAUGGACGACACUUUAAUCGCAGCGGUGUACAGGAGGGAGCCGCUGUGGGAUCCGGCCCACAAGUUGCACAGACACGUGAACGUCCUGAAGAGCUUGUGGGAAGAAGUGGCCGAGGAAACGGGCAGAGAUGUCAAAAUCAUAAAGACCCGAUGGAAAAACCUGAGAGCGUAUUACGUAAAGGAGUGCCAGAAGAUUCCGAAAUCAAAAAACGGGAUCAGAAUAGAAAACUUCACAAGUACAUGGCAGUACUUCCAACCACUGAACUUUCUGGGAACGUCAUUUUCAAACGUAGACAAACCGAUUCUUGACGAAAAUACCGAUGACAGCAACUCUACUUCUCUCGUGGAUGUCGACGACUCUUUUGAUGUCUGUCAGAAACAGUUAUACCCGAUUGUUAAUAUUGAAUCGGGCUAUGAAUUUCGCGCCCCAACCCCGCACUGUAAAAGGCUUAGAUCAUCACUCGAGGAACCGAUAGAAGAUAACCACGCGGAUGAUUUGGAGAGAACGAAAAUAGAAUUGCUGCAACGAGAUGCAGAUAGAAGGAACAAUGAUGACUUGUUGUUCUUUGAAAGUCUUCUACCGUAUGUUAAGGAUAUACCUGUAGUACGCAAACUAAGACUGAGAUCUGCCAUCCAAGAUUUGAUUACUAAAGAAUUAGAAGAGCUUGCUGAAAAUAAUGGCAAUGGAUAAAGAUUUGCAUUUAAAUUACUUCUUCUUCAUAGCAUACUUAUUGUAAAUAGGAUUUAAA